AUGAUCAGAUUACUUGCCAGUUUAGCAAUCCUUGCUCCAUUUGUCCUCCCUUUCAACUACAACAAUGGUGGGAGUUCUGCAUGCAUUGUCACGAAAAACUUGCUUUUCUCACAAGGAAACCUUAUCCGACAAUUGAAGAAAGAAGAAGUAGACGCAUUCAAGAAAUACAAGAAGGAACUUCAUCUUUUUAACACUAAAAUCAACGAAGCAUUCGAUAAGGCUGAGGAGAACGAGGCAAAGAAUGCUACAGUACCCCCAAUGCCAAUCCGACCAACUCUUCCAUCAUUCUGCACUGGCGCAGAUACUACUAUGUAUAUUUUUGGUGCUUGUACGGUUCAGAACAAUAAAGUCUACAUUGGCAAUGUUUUCGCUCGUGAGUUGGAGGAAAAGGAAAAAGGAAAACUGACUGAUUUUGCCAAAAAACUUGCUGCUGUUACGCCCGGUACCACUCCACCAACCGACAUCUACAAAGGUCUCGAAUUCUGCACAGAACUUUAA